CUGGGGCCUGUUUCUUGCCAACUUGUAGUAGUCAUCUUCAGCUUUCAUGCAAGGAUGCAGCACCAUCUUGGAAAUUAAAUAUGUAUUCCCUGGUCGGCCCUGUCGCCCAAGCCUCGUAGCUCCUCUUUCCAUCAAUCCUCAUCUUGACGCCAAGAAUCUCGGUCGCUCGUUGGUAUCGGAGCCUCGCCCGUGCAAAGCACAACAUCCACUUGCAUCGACCUCUCUGAAGAUCCCAAUUUCGUACUACCACUUGGACUGUCGACGAGGCCUCGCCGCCGCAGCGACUCGCAUUCCACCAUCUCGGAAACGGAGACAUCAUGGCCGAAAAUCUCGCCGUGCCCGGGGACGCCCGCGGCCGGGAAGGUCGACAGCUAUCUUGGAGCGGCAGGGCCAAGGUUUUCCGUCGCCGUGACGCGCCAGCGCCGACGAGGUCGACUAGCCAUGAUGGCAACAUCUACACCAACCCUCACGAUCAAGAGAAGGCAAACGAGCCGGACGAUGGAACGAACCCAAAUAAGUUGCCGGUGUACAACGCGCAUGGACAUCGGGUGAACCACCAGGGGCACCGUGUCACAAAAGGUAUUCAUCCUGAUGGCGAGAGUGGCCGGAGGUGGAUUCAUCCUGGGCACAUGGUCAAGAUCUGCUGGCGAUCAGCUUCAUUGACGAGCAAGUGGGUCAACGUCCUUUGGCCAUUUACUAUCGCGGCAAUGGUCCUGUACUUCGCCGACAUCGGGAAAUUCGGAACACGAUCGGUUUUGACCUUCGCCUUCGCCUAUAUUGGAAUGGUUCCUGCCGCUAAUUUGGUCGGGUUUGCCGGUCAAGAGCUCGCGCGAAAGAUUCCAAAAGUCUGGGGCGUACUUCUCGAAACGACUUUCGGUAGCAUUGUUGAAAUCAUUCUGUUCAUGGUCUUGAUCACCAGAGCGCACAACGACGCAAGCAGCCUACUCGUCAACCUCCAAGUCAUCCGUGCCGCUAUUCUCGGGUCUAUCCUGGCAAAUUUACUCCUGUGCCUAGGUCUAUGCUUUUUCGUGGGAGGAAUCUAUCACCCUCAGCAGACUUUUCACGAUGCCAUCUCUGAAGUCGGCUCCAACCUCAUGCUCGUCGCCGGUUUCGGUCUGGUCAUCCCGACCAUUUACUACAAUUCUCUGACUGGUACCACACGAGCGUCUACUGACGACCUCAGCCGUGCAGUUCUCAAAAUCUCGCAUGCGACGGCCAUCAUUCUAUUGGCUGCAUUCAUCGUCUACGUCUGGUUUCAGGCCAAGAGUCAUCACGGACUCUACGAAGACAUUCUCGAACAGGAUGAAUUACGAGACCACGAUCGUCACAAGGAUCUCGCCAAAGACAAGCUCACGCUGUCAGAGAGCAUACUUGCAUUAGCAAUUGGACUCACCUUUGUCAGCUUUAUGGCUGUCAUUCUUGUCGACAACAUCCAUUACAUUGUCGAGCGAGGCGUUAGCGACGCCUUUGUUGGUCUCAUCCUCGUUCCCUUGGUCGAGAAAGUAUCAGAACAUCUUACCGCCAUUGAUGAAGCCUACGACAACCAGAUGAACUUUGCCCUCAGCCACAUACUUGGGGCUAGCAUUCAGACCGCUCUGCUCAACACGCCGUUGGUCGUCAUUGUCGGCUGGGGCCUUGGUGUCCCUUUGGACCUCAACUUUGAGCUUUUCGAUGCCGUAGUCAUCAUCAUGGCGAUCAUCGUCGUCGGCAACUUCCUGCGAGACGAGAAGAGUGACUAUUUGGAGGGCGCCCUCUCGGUCUUUGUAUACUUGUUGAUUGCGAUCACCGCCUGGUAUUACCCGAACCCCGAUUUAGGCGAGGCCAGUGGAGGAGAGAGUGCUCACCGAUAGCCACUGUGGACGGUCGUCGCCAGCUUUUCUUUCGAAAUUUGGUACAGAGAUAUCAUGACAUGGUGAUAGUGCAGGAGCUCUGGGCGCUUGGUGUGCACAUUUACGAUUAUUACUAUUUGAUUGUUGUACGGGUAGCUUUCAUAAAUUCCGCUGACAAAAUGAAUUGAGUUUCGCUGUGUGGCGGUGAAUUACGAUUCGCGAA